GGCUCCGCCCUGCGGCUGGCCGUGUUCACGCGGCGAGUGGUUGAACACCUGGGGGCUGAGGUGAACGACGACGCAGCGCUGGUCGCCUUCGCGGAAGAGUUCCUCGCAGAGUCUGGCAGGACGUUUAGCAACCUCGUCGUGGCCAUUUCCUACAAGCCCGCUUGGGCGACUUUCAGCGCCGAUGCCCGCUGUGUGGCCGAUCCGGCCGCGGAUGCCGGCCAAGUAGGGCAGGCUAUCUCUUGGCUUUGCGGCCAUGCGCCUGCCAACUUCUCUUGCGAG